GAGGUGCAGAAUCUACUAGUAAGCAACUACCGGGAAUUGCAGAAUGUUCUCUUCAAUAAACUGGACAGUAGUGGUGAGCUUGUUAAGAGUGAACUGGCGCGAGUAACCAAAGCUGUGGCCAUUGACAACCUGACAGCCAUUGCCACAAGCUUGUCAGUCAUCAAGAAGGACCUCUGGGAAAUCAAGAACACAACACUACAACUACAGGACCAGACAUCAAAUCUACAGAGUGGGCUGGGUGAUGUCGCUUUCAGGCUGAGGGAGCUUCAAGAGUCAUGUAAAUCACUGCCUGACUGUCAUGAACUCAUCACAGAAUACGCAGAUAAGCUCAAGAUAAAUAAUGACUUUGAUCGGUAUCUGGAGACCGAUGUUUUGCCUCAGCUUCCGAAUGUUGAAUCAAAGCUUGACGAAGUAACCGCUCUCAUAGAAAACGAUAUAGAGAUUGUGGUGAAGCGAGGAAAGCGAGCGUUUGAUUCAAUCGCGACAGAGAUCCAAAACAAAGUUCAAAGUUCAAUACCCGAAAUCAAGGAGAAGAUAUUAGAUGCAGGAGGUCAGCUGGAGGACGCAGCUGAGAAAAUUCACCGAAUACUGCAGCCAAUUGAUCUUAGUGAGUCUCAGAAUCCUGACUCUUACCCAAGGGAAUCCAAUGUCUAUCUGAGGAAGAUAAACACAUACUUAAGAAUCAUGCAGGAUGGGAUAAAUGAAUAUGCUAUGUACAGAUCCUGGGGCUUCAUGGGCCUCUGCAUAUUGCUGCUAGUGAUAACACUCUGCUUCACCUUGGGUGUUGUUAUUGGCUGCUGUGGUCGCCGGCCUGAUGGAGCCUCUUCAUGCCACAAGGCUGCCGGUGCCUCUUGGCUCAUGUGUGGUGUUGGGUUGACAUUCCUCUUCUCUGCGGUGAUCAUGGCGUGUACUACUGCACUGUUUGUCGUGGGCAGUGCCAGUGAGAUUCUGGUGUGUGACCCACUCAGUGACCCAACACACUCUGAAGUUUUAUCAGUGGCUGCUGAUCUAUAUAACUUCAAUGACUAUUAUCCAUCUGGUGAGGCACCAAGAUUGACUGAAAUGAUAAGUAAGUGUCACAAGAAUCAGUCUCUCUACUCAGUGUUGAGUCUGGACCACAUAGACAGCAUCCUAGCAGAACUCCAGGACUAUAAGAAACGACUUAAUCUUGAUGAAAAGAUUGAACAACUGAUGAACGAAAUUCGUGUUGAUACAAAUGUUGAGAUCUUGUCAAGGGAUGCCAAAGAACAGCUGUGGGAGCUGGCCAACUCCUCAGUUGCUGACAAGGACACAUGGGACUACUAUACUGAUAUUUUAGAAAAGAAAGUUCUUACAAUUGACUUGAUGGAGUUAGCAGCCUUACUGAACCAGACAGCUGACCAGUUGCCAAAUGGAUAUCACCAAGUGUCUUUCAAGCUUAAAAAUGAUGCCCUUUUCUUAGAGGGCUUGCAACGAUGGGUGACAUCAAUUGGUUCACUGACGAAGAAUCUAAAGAAAACUACUGCACGACUCAACGAGCACCUGAAAUUCAACAAGACAAGCUUACGUGAAGCUAUUGGAGAUCUCAUCAACCAAGCUGAGUUCGCACAAUACUACCUUCGCGUUAAUGGCUCUCGGGAAGUGACCCAGCUUGUAGCCAGAUUCUCAGAAGAUUUUCUGGCAGACGUAGACGAAUAUGUGUGGCACGUGGAAUUAGCGGUGGAAAAUGACGUUGGUCGGUGUGGACCCGUGUCAACAAUAUACAAUGCCUCCACAUCUGCAGUGUGCAAAGACAUCAUGUAUCCUUUUAAUGGCUUUUGGGCGAGUGUGGGCUGGGUGUUCUUCUUCUUCCUGCCGGCGAUGGUUCUGGCUGUUCAGUUAUCAUCUUUGUACCGGAAGACUGAACCAUAUCCAGGACCUCUCAAUGAAUCCGAAUACAUGUAUGAUGCAUAUGAUGAGAGGAACAGCUUUCCUAUGUCCAAGUGAGUAUGUCAGUGUCCAGAUAGGAACUAAUGUGUGUUGUUUUGGUGGAUGUAUUAUUGUCUGUCUUAUAAAAGUAGGUAAUCUCGUAGUACACAUUCUCAACAUUGCAUUUGCUCUAUCUACACAAUUUGUAGGGUAAUUUGGGCUAUGUAACCCUUUUUUGUAGUGUAGUAAAUUGUACAGUAAGAGAGUCCCCUUAAAGUUCAUUCAUAUAAGCAUCAUACAGUAGCUUCAGUUUAAGAAUCCUCUGGUUAUGGGCAACUAGCUAACUCUAGUAACUCAAUGUUUAGAGUGUCACAUCUUAGGGUUUAACAUGUUAUUUUAUUUUAUUUAUUUAUUUUAUUUUAUUUUACAUUUCUUGGUCAAUAGUUAGACUGUACAGGAAUAAACUGUUUCUACAA